ACAAUGAAAAACCAAUUGGAUCAGGAGCUAGAAACAAUUGACAGUCUGACCAAGCCGGGCUUAACUUGGGUGGAGUACAGCGCUUAUGCAUUGGGUGUUAACAUAGCUCCCAGGAAGCGUAGUUCUUGGCCCUGCAGCUUCUUGCGGAUUUUUGCAUUGCUCGUAAAUCUUUUCAUAAUACACAGUCUAAUCAAAUUUAUAAUUGCCAAUUAUAAGGUGUCCUUCGAAGCUUACGUUGAGGCUGUGUUACUAAGCUUUCAGCUAUCAAUUGGAAUGGUAAAGAUGAUGCAUUUUCAAUUAUUCUUGGAGUCUUGCGUCGAGCUGGUGGAAACCACAGAAACCGGUGAUGUGCUGAGGAACCUGGGUCUCUUUGAUUUGAAUUUGGCGAACAAAAGUGCGUUGCGUAAAACUUUGGGCUCGAUGUUGACCAAAAGUUGGGUGGCGAUCAAUAGCCAGGUUAUGUUCUUUUUCAAGAUAGUUUGCAUGCCAGUGUUGUACUAUUGUCUGCGACCGUAUUUUCAAUAUAUGUACGAUUGCUAUAUAGUCAAGGAUACAUGCGAAAUGACCUUAACGUAUCCAGCCAUAGUGGCGUAUGUGCAGCUGGGUACACAUGAAAUCCCCUCUUACUGGGUGCGUUUCUAUCUGCUUCAAUCCGGGCCAGUUUGGUGUUUUUUUGCUGUGUUUGGUUUUAAUAGCCUCUUUGUGGUGCUUACAAAUCACGAGGCGUGCCUUCUAGAGAUCUUGCGAUAUCUGGUUCGGCACUCCACUGACGAUGCGGUGGUUCCCAAGCGAUCCAGGCCGCAAUAUUUACGUUGUUGCGCCAAACUAUUCACACGUAUAUCGAGACAUCAUGAUCAAAUCGAGCUCGUUUUUAAAUAUAUUAUUCUGGUACAAUGUAUAAUUAGCAGCAUUUUAAUAUGCAUGUUGCUUUAUAAGAUCAGCACUGUAUUGGAAGUUGGCAUUGUUUGGAUGGGCAUGAUUAUGGUUUAUUUACUCACCAUUACUUUGGAAAUCAGCCUGUAUAAUGUCAAUGCGCAAAAGGUCGAGACUCAGAGCGAACUGUUGUUUUCGGAUUGGUACAAUUGUGACUGGUAUGACGAAUGUGAGGAUUUUAAAUGCAUUAUUAAACUAAUGCUGAUGUUUUCGAGGCGUGAGUUUGUCUUAAGCGUUGGCGGCUUCGCCAAUUUAUCACAUGGAUUAUUAGUUCAGGUUUUUCGAAUGAGUGGAAAUUUUUUUUUACUAUUGCGCAAUAUGAAUAACAAAUAGUGUAAUUUAUACAAGUUAUAACGCUGGAAAACUUUAUUGUAAGUUGAAAUUCAUUAAG